AUGGCAGCCAGAGUGGAAAUUCAGAAGCUUCUUGAUGAUCAAAAGUGCAUUCUGGAUGCUAAGAGGCAGGAGUUUGAGCGAGAACUGGAAGAUAAGAGGAAAUCAGUUGAAGAGGAAAUGAGAAGCAAGGUAACUGCCCUGGAGCAGAAGGAAUUUGAAAUUAAACACAAGGAAGAGAAGUUGGGAAAAAGAGAACAAGCAUUGGAUAAGAAGUCAGUGAGAGUUAAAGAGAAAGGGAAGGAUCUUGAAGCAAGGUUGAAAUCUGUAAAAGAAACAGAAAAGAUUUUGAAAGCUGAGGAGAAAAAUUUGGAGUUUGAAAAGCAACAAUUGAUUGCUGACAGAGAGAGCUUGGAGAUUCUCAAAUCUGACAUUGAUAAGUUAGAGGCUGAAACUUCUGAGCAGGAGUUCCAGAUUCAAGAAGAACGUCAGAAGCUUAAAAUUAUUGAAGAAGAGAGGUCGGAACAUCGGCGUUUGAAGUCAGAGUUGAAACAGCAGAUAGAAAUGUUCAGACAUCAGCAGGAGUUACUUCUGAAGGAACAUGAAGAUUUGAAACAGGAAAGGGGGAGGUUUGAGAAAGAAUGGGAAGGGCUAGAUGAGAAAAGAGAUGAAAUUAGUAAAGAGCUGAAAAAUAUUGCUGAAGAGAAACAUAAGUUGGAAAAAUUGCAGCAUUCAGAAGAAAAAAGAUUUAAAAAAGAGGAAUCUGCAAUGCAGGAUUAUAUUCAGAGGGAGUUGGAAGCUAUUAGACUGAAGAAAGAAUCAUUUGAAGCAACAAUGAAGCAUGAGCAGUUGCUUUUAUCUGAAAAUGCUCAAAAUGAGCGCAAGAAGAUGCUUGAAGAUUUUGAGACGCAGAAAAUGAAUCAAGAAUCUGACAUACUGAAUAGACAGGAAAGAAUGGAAAAAGAUCUGCAGGAAAGGAAGAGAGCAUUUUAUGAAAAGAAAGAGGGAGAACUUAAUGAAUUAAAUCACUUGAAGGAAGUUGCUGAGAAAGAAAUGCAAGAAAUAAGAUGUGAGAGGGAUGAAUUCGAGAGGCAGAAGCAGGAAGUUAAAAUGAACAAAGAAAAGCUGAAAGAACAACAACUUGGAAUGCGCAAGGACAUUGAUGAGCUUGACAUUCUUUGCAGGAGGCAUUAUCAUGAUCGCAAACAUUUUAAGCGCGAAAAAGAACACUUCCUUGAGUUUGUUGAGAAGCAAAAGAGUUGUGAGAACUGUGGAGAAAUGACAAGGGAAUUUGUACUUUCCGAUAUGCGAUUACCUGAUGUGGAAGAUGAGGAUGCUCUUCCUUUAUCAAUUCUGGCUGAUAGAUCUUUGGGCAACCUUCAAGGUGCUAUAGGUGUUCCAUAUGAUUCAAAUACUGAGAGAUCUCAUGCACUUGAUUUGGGAUAUGCAGAUGCUGGAGGUCGCAUGUCUUGGUUACGUAAAUGCACUUCUAGGAUUUUUAGCAUCUCUCCUACUAAAAAGAGUGCUCGUGGUUCUACUUCAGUUUUGGGAGAGGAACAACUACAGUUACCUGUGCCAGCUGAUAAGCAAGAAAAGACUGAGGGGUCUGGUGUGCUUGUCAGUAAAGAAGCAAGAUCAUGCAAAAUUCCAGAAGAUGAAUUCCAACCAUCUCUCAGGAUGGCAAAUGAUUCCUUUGAUUUUCAACAGCUCCAAUCUGAUAACACAAUCAGAGAGGUGGAUGAUGGGUAUGCUCCAUCUGUUGAUGAUCAUAGCUACAUGGAUAGCAAGGUACAAGACAUUCCUGAAGAUUCCCUGCAGUCAGAACUAAGGAGUGCUCGCCGGAAACCUGGGAGGAAGCCCAAGUCUGGAUUGAACAGAACACGCUCAGUGAAGGCUGUGGUUGAUGAUGCAAAGAAGUUUCUUGGGGAAAGCCCUGAAGGUGCAAAAUUUAAUGCGAGCAUGCAGGCGCAUGAGGAUAAUCAAGGGAUUUCUAGCCAUACUGAGGAGGCAGCUGGUGGUGGUACUGCAAGGAAGCGGCGACGAUCACAAACAUCUAAAAUUACAGAAAGUGAGCAAGAUGGUGCUGAUAGCGAGGGACCUUCAGACAGUGUCACUGCUGGUGGACGCAGGAAGAGACAGCAGACUGUUGUUCAAGCCCUACCAGCUCCAGGAGAGAAGCGAUACAAUCUCAGACGACACAAGACUGCAAACACAGCCGUAGCUGCACAAGCCGUAGCAACACAAGCCGCAUCUGAUCUGAACAAGACAGGGAAGAAGAUAGCCAAAGGUGCUAGUGUAGUGGAAGCAGUACCAAAUCCAGGCGCUGCAUCUGUGUUGUCUCUGGGAGUUGCUAGUGAGAAUGGCAAAUCUACCCAAUUGGUGCAGGUAACAGCAGUAAAAAGUGUGGAGUUCUCACAGGACAGGGUUGUCCAGUUUAAGGCAACUGAGGACAUUGUUGAUGAUAAUGCUGAUGGCCAGAAGUCAAUUGAAAAUACUGAGUUGAGUGAGGAAGUUAAUGGUACACCAGAAGAUGUUGAUGAAGAUGAGAAUGGGAGUACAAUCCUUGAGGAUGAAGAUGAUGAUGACGACGAUGAUGAUGGUUCAGAUCAUCCUGGUGAAGUGUCAAUUGGGAAGAAGCUGUGGAAUUUUUUUACAUCUUGA